AGAAGAAGCAGAAACGGAAGUUAGUUAAGUGUCAACAACCUGAAUUUACAACUUCAGCGAAACUUCGCUCUGGUCUGAAACACUAGUUUUAGAGUAAUUUAUAUACAACAACUGGACGCUUUAGAAGUUACUGGCGCAUUAUGGAGGAAUUUAUCUCCCAUCCGCCGUGGGAGCGGUGUGUUUUUCCCCUUAAAGUCCGUGGCUAGUUAAACUGUUUGUGGUAGCUAAGUUGGCUAACUUUAUCUGUCAGCUGACUCGUUUUGACAGCGAACCUUGUCCUAAUAUGCUCCGACGUUACUCUGUGUUCGCUUUAAACAGGCUUGUUGAUGUAACCACCCUGUGUGUUAGCUGGCGUUGACUCGUCCAGGUGUUUAAUUAGCAGCGCUGAUAAGGUGACCAUAGAACUUGGCUCGCAAUGUUCCCGCAGCUGCUUCCACCUUUCAACUAGCUGCCUCCCCUCCUCUGCUUUUCUCUCCUCCUUCGCCCUCCGAUGGCUCACUGCGUCCCGUCCGAGCCAACCUCCAAGGUUCAGGCUCCAGAAAGUAUCCCGUCCCAGGUCAGCGUGGACCAGAGCAUGAGGCCGGUGCUGUUUGAGAUUUUCGGCGAGAUCUGGACCGUUCAGUCCCGGCUCGGUCAAGGAGUGUCGGCCUCGGUUUACCAAGUCAGCUCCGGCAGAGCCGCCACGGCCGCAGUGAAGGAGUUCCAGGGCGACUCACAGGGAGGGGACUACGGCUACCACAAAGAGAGGGCCGUGCUGGAGGACAUCCAGGGGCAUAAGAACAUUGUUACACUGUAUGGCGUUUUCACCAAUCACAACUGUGUGGGCGUGGCUACGCGCUGCCUCCUGCUGGAGCUCCUGGAUGUCAGCGUGUCGGAGCUGCUGGUGAGGCGCAGCAAUGGUGUCAAGGGUGUAAGCAGACCCCAGAAGGGCCACUCCAUGUGGCUGGUGCAGCACUGUGCCAGAGACAUCCUGGAGGCUCUUGCCUUCCUUCACAGGGAAGGCUACGUCCACGCUGACCUCAAACCUCGCAACAUCCUGUGGAGCGCCGACGACGAGUGCUUCAAGCUCAUCGACUUCGGGCUGAGCUUCAAACAGGGAAACCAGGAUGUGAAGUACAUCCAGACGGAUGGGUAUCGAGCCCCGGAAGCCGAGCUCCAGAACAGCCUGGCCCAGGCUGGGAUGGAGGGAGACUCCGGCUGCACAGCUGCCAUCGACCUGUGGAGCCUGGGCGUCAUCCUGCUGGAGAUGUUCUCAGGAAUCAAACUGAAAGACACCGUCCGCUCACAGGACUGGAAGGACAACAGCGUUGCCGUCGUCAACCGCAUCUUUGCCAGUAAUGGCGUGAUGUGCCCUGCCAUCCCAGUCUAUCACCUCAGAGACCUUAUUAAAAGCAUGCUGCUCAACAACCCAAAGCAGAGAUGCACAGCUGAAGCUGCCCUGCUCAGCCCGUUCUUCAGUAUCCCCUUCGCCCCUCACAUAGAAGAUCUAGUUCUACUACCUUCUCCUGUUCUGCGUCUGCUUAACCUGAUUGAUGACAGCCACCUGCACAACGAUGAAGAGUAUGAAGACAUACUGGAGGACAUGAAAGAGGAGUGUCAGAAGUACGGCUCUGUGGUUUCUCUGCUCAUUCCUAAAGAGAAUCCUGGAAAAGGGCAGGUGUUUGUGGAGUACGCCAACUCCAGCGACUCCAAAGAAGCCCAGCGGCUGCUGACUGGCCGAACCUUCGACGGGAGGUUUGUGGUGGCCACCUUCUACCCGCUGAGCGCCUACAAGAGAGGUUACCUGUACCAGACAGUGCAGUGAGGAUCAGUCUGCUCCUCCAUCCGCCUCGUUUAAAGAACAGCGCUGUGUUUUGGUCUACAACCUGUAUACUGAUGCUUUCAAAACCUGGAAGCAGAUGCAGACAUUAGAUUAUCAAGCCUCUCCUGUAGGGGAGUUGCUAUAUUAAUUCUACUCUUAAGGAGAUAAGUUAAAGUUGGAGUCCUUCUGACAACUCAUUUACAUUUCUAAGAUGAGUUUACAGUAAUCUUUAUGCAGCAAUUAGAAGUAAAAAUCAAGACGAUUCUCGUUUAACACCUCUGCGAUGCUUACAGGCUUAACCUGCAUGUCUUGAUUGAUGCUGAAGUUUUAGAAAGCGCACAAAAGAUGAGUUGUUUAAAAUGCAGCUACUGCUUUGGUGAAACACAUGCUGCCCAGCAGUGUUUCCAUGCAGAGCAGCAGCUGAAACUGGCUGUGAUGUUUGGUGUGCAGACGCCCUCCCAGUGCUCCACUGUGAAAACAUCCGACUCGUCUGAUGACUCUGCUGGAACAUUAACAGUCUGCUGCAGGAGAAGCUGCGCUCCGUUGCCUUUGAAUAGUGCAGUAUGAGUGGCUAAUGAAAACCCAUUUGACGUUGUGUGUCACGUGAUUUAGAUGUUUUAGAUCUUCAAACUAUAUAAUCCUAAAGAGAAGCUGAAGGUUCACUGUGGUGGAAGCUAACAUGUGGUACUGUUGUUACAGCAGUUUAUUGUUUUUAUCUAUUUAUUUUGGGCUAUGCUAUAUAUUUUAAGGUGGAGGUGUGGUACUGAGGGAUAUACUGCCCCCCUGUGGCUGCUCUCCUGUCUGAGCACAUGCAGGGCUACAGGAAGCUGCGCUGUAGCCGUAGAUGGAAUGUUUCCUCUGACUGAGCUUCCAUCCAGGAAAACUUAAUGUUUUCACUGUAGCACUGAAAACACCACAAGAACUAUUAUACAUCCUCAAUCCAGAGUUCAUAAGGAUGCCGUUUGACUCCUCUGCACUCAUUUACUGGAUAAGUGUAGAAAACUGUAUGGAAAAUAAUUUAGUGUUUUUUCCUUCCACCAAACUUUUUUCCUUUGGUCAUCCUCUCUUGUUCUGGCUCUGAGCUGGCUUUUUAUGUCCUCCUUUUUGACAUUGAUUCUUUGUGUCCUCCUUUCCUUCCUUUCAUCCUGCCUUCAGUCCUUUCAUCCUCUUAGUUUCUAGUUGCUGCAGUAGCAAUAUGAAAAACCUGCCCACUUUAGAAACGUCCAUCCAUUUUCCUUAGCUGUGUGUUCCAGGCAGCAAUAAGGGAAUGGAGGGCUUCAUCCUGGUAGGCUUCCAGUUCACACUGCAAAAAAAGAAAACUUUAAAUUUACAUUUUAAAAUGAGCACAAGGAACAAAGAUGUUUUGGAGCCUGAGAUUGUCUGUGAUGUUUACACAAAGAUCAGGUAGGAACCCUGUAAAACAUUUACAGGGUUCAUUUGCAGAAAUGCGCUUUUUUUUUCUAGUUCAGGAAAUUUUCUGACCAGAAGUAGAAAACGACUCAUAACGCCAAUCGGGAUUGCUGCCAGUUGGAAACGAAGCGUUGCUCCAGAUGCAGAUUUAAAGCGAACACAGUCAGCCACAGCAGCGAACCAGCUACAUGACAUAAUGUCAUUCCAUAAAUAUCGCUUUGGGAUGAUGGAGAUUUUCUUGUCGGCACCACUUUUUAUUUUCUUCACUUUGUGGCACCUUUAAAUGUUCCUCCAGAGCACAUAUGUCAGAGUCAAGGCCCGCGGGCCACAUCCGGCCCGCGAGAAGAUUUUCUACGGCCCCUGGGAUGAUCUUGAUUUAUUAUUAGAACCGGCCCGCAGCA